AAUUCUAAGCCUAGGGUAAAGGAGAGUGACGAGUGGAACAGGAAUCGUAGCACAAAUCCAAGAGUGGGGGAGAAGAAAUCGCGAUUUGAUGGCUCCUCUGAAGAAAUUGAAGAAGACCAAGAGAAAAGCGAAGGAUUUCUCUAAAUGCGGAAAACCUUCUGUUCCCAAGCCGCAGGAAUCCCAGCAAACGGACAACGACUGGUGGUAUAGCUUCUGGCACAAGAACUCCGACUCUGGGCCAGGCGUUCCUUUAGAUGAAGAUGAAGCAUUCAAACAUUUCUUCAGGGUAUCGAAGACGACUUUCGAGUAUAUCUGUUCCAUUGUUAGGCAGGACUUAGUUUCAAGACCUCCAUCAGGACUCAUAAACAUCGAAGGUAGGCUUCUUAGCGUCGAGAAACAAGUCGCCAUUGCCAUGAGACGGUUAGCAUCUGGAGAAGCCCAAGUAUCCGUUGGAGGAGCUUUUGGUGUGGGGCAGUCCACUGUAUCUCAAGUCACAUGGAGAUUUAUAGAAUCCAUGGAAGAACGAGCUCGGCAUCAUCUCAGUUGGCCAGAAACCGAAAGAAUGGAGCAAAUAAAAUCCAAGUUCGAGACCAUAUUUGGUCUUCCCAACUGCUGUGGAGCCAUCGACGCCACCCACAUCAUUAUGACUCUUCCUGCAGUCGAAUCAUCUCAUGACUGGUGCGAUCAAGAGAGCAACUACAGCAUGUUCUUGCAAGUUAUAGUCGACCACGAGAUGCGAUUUCUCGACGUCGUCACUGGUUGGCCGGGAAGCAUGACCAUGUCUCGAUUGUUAAAGUGCUCGGGGUUUUACAAACUCUGUGAGAGUGGAAGCCGCUUGAACGGAACUGUCAAGCUCUCGGCAGAAGGAGCAGAGAUCAGAGAAUACAUCGUCGGCGAUUCAGCCUACCCUCUUCUCCCAUGGCUGAUGAUUCCGUUCGUCGGAAAAGGGGUUUCGGCUUCCAUGUCCGUGUUCAAUGAGAAGCAUAAGGCUGUGAAUUUGCUUGCAACAAGCGCUCUGUCACAGCUUAAGGGUGUUUGGAGAAUUCUCAGUAAGGUGAUGUGGAGACCAGAUAAGCAUAAAUUGCCUAGCAUAAUUCUUGUCUGUUGUUUACUGCACAACAUUAUAAUUGAUUGCGGAGAUUCGCUGCUUCCUGGUCUUAUGUUAUCAGAUCAUCAUGAUACUGGUUAUAAAGCGCAGAAUUGUCAGCAAAUGGAUUCUAAUGGACAGGCAAUGAGAGUGAGUCUCAGCAGGGACUUGCAUUUGGAUAUUUUUGAUGGUAUAACUCUUGCUAAUCAUCUCUUGCUUGGAUUCAACUCCACCAACCAUCCCUUUGUUGAUCACAGGGAUAUUUUUGAUGGUAUAAUCAUCUCUUGCAUGGAUUCAACUCCACCAACCAUAUUCUAA